AUGGGGAAGAACAGCUCCGGUGGCAAUCCGUUUUCCGAGAAAGUGCUGGCCUCGACGAUGCCGGCACUGCACUCGGAGGACGAGAAGGAGGAGGUCGGGAUAGCCAGUGAAAGUUCCUCACCUUCUCGACACUUUCGCUCGCUUCCUCUCCUCGGCUUGCGUAGACCUUCCAAGAUCGGAUCCGACGGGGCUGUAGAGGAUGAUCAUCAUGCUGUCAUCAUCAAUGGUGUGCGGUCGACUUCUACGAGUCAGCAUACGUCGCCUUUAGCUUCGAGGGCCGUCUCGCCCGUCUCAACACCCGCCUCGUCGGUGGCGCAUGGUUACUUCGACGGCGGCAGCCCUCCUCAACGCACGCCCGAGAGGAAGCGAAUGUCGUGGCUGGGGUCGAUGCCGGUAUCAGCCUUGACGCCGCAUCGAGUUGCAGCUGGGAGCGAAGAGUCUUCACCGACAUCGGCCUGCCCUCGCAGUGGGAAGAAAGAGCCGUUGAGUACUAGCUCGUCGUCGAGUAGCUCCGCCUGCCCGAUUCAGGCCACGUCUGGUCACAACAAUGACCCCAGCGUUGACGCUGUAGCACCCGAGAAGAUCAACUCGAGAGCUCUGUCACUGGUACCAAACGCGCAAUUCUUGGGUCUUGUGCUCCUCCUGAUUCUCAUCAUUUCAUCUCCUCUCAUCAAGCUUCUUUCUGUGCUACUGUUUGUUGCGGUCGUCUUGCUCGAUGACGCCUGA